AUGGUAUAUCAAUCUCCCUACCAGGUCCAUCUCUUCCUUUGCCGGUCUGACGACAAGUUCGUAGAACAAUUCGCAAGUAGCAGGAGCCUGGAGAAGACUUCAGAUGGUCUCUACGAGAUCCUCCAGCAUCGAACAGAACCUCUGCGGGACUACAUAGCCCGUUUCAAUCAAGAGAAGGUGGCGGUCCCUGAAUGCAGCAUCCCUACCGCAAUCUCUGCCUUCAAGAGAGGCCUACUUCCAGACGGAGGGCUCUACAAAGAGCUAACCAUGUACCCUUGCAAAACAAUGGAGGAUGCGCUAUCCCGAGCGUGGGCACAUGUGAAGUGGGAAGAGGAAGUCGCUAGCCGCGCCAAGGCUCAACCCAAACAGGAUCAGAGGUCCACCCGAUCAGACCGAAGAGACCGAGAAGAAAGAUCCUCCCAAAAGGGAUCCAAGGACUCCGGAAGCAGGAACCAGGGCAGGUUCCAAUACCGGCCAUUAGAAAUAGAAGACGGGAUGUCUGUGUCUACCUGGCCCAGUAUCUCCCAUCUCUCAAUAUCCACACCAGAGCUGGUCAACACGCUGAGGCAGAUGGGUCAACAGGUCAAGUGGCCCCCAAAGAUGAAACCACCUGACUCAUUCCGGAACCCGAGACUCCGGUGCGACUUCCAUCGCGAUCACGGCCACAAAACUGAAGACUGCGUCGCCCUGAAGAUCGAGAAAGCCAAGGCUCACCUUAGCAAAGAAGUAUUAGGGAAAUCCAAAGGAGACGCACCAAGCUCACCACCUCGCCAGGAUCAGGUGAUUCAUGUCAUCUCAGGAGUCUCGGAAGUAAGUGGCCUGAGCCAUGCAGCUGCGAAGAAGAGCACCCGUAAUGCUAAACUCGGCCUGGAGACUGCUCAACCUAAACGCCUACUUCUAGGUACCGACGAGAUAAGAUUUACAGCCAAGGAGCAAGAGAAGAUAUUAGCUCCCCACAAUGACGCUCUAGUUGUCUCUCUCCCCAUAGCGAACUGUUUUGUGAAAAGAAUACUAGUAGACAACAGGUCCUCCAGCAAUAUCAUCUUCCUGAUGGCGUACCAAGACCUGGGGUUAGAGGAGAAUACCCUGAUGCACAAAGUAACUCCACUCAUCGGGUUUAGCGGCGAGGUCAAGCAAACCGCUGGGGAGGUUUUUCUACCAGUAUAUGCUGAAGGGAUCAACUUAUCUACCAAAUUCUUGGUCGUGGACUGCCAAUCGGCAUACCACAUGAUCUUAGGACAACCCUGGAUUCACGACAUGGGAGCAGUCCCCUCAACCCCCCAUCAAAUAGUGAAGUUCCCUACACCCUGGGGCAUCAGAACAAUUCGAGGAGACCAGGAGAAUUCUAGUUCCUGCUACCAGACCACCUUAAAGGGGAAGAUCAUGGGUCCGGACCCUAUAUCCAAAAAGCUCCCAGAGAGCUUACGUCGACCGCUUUGCAUGGUCUCCCCUAAGAACCUUCAAGGCUACACAUGCUUGCAAAAUUUGGUCCCCGCAGGACCCUCGUCCUCCACCUCACAUAGACAAGAUAACCAGAAACUUCAACAGUUAUCAACCGGCGGUCUCGCAGAUAAACGAGUGGGGAACGAACACCUCGACAAAACCCCCUCGGAAGAGAGCUCCCAGCAGGCACCAGAUGGCGAUAGGGGACCUCUGAACCCAUUUUCUCCAGUGGAUGAAUGCGACUACAUGCUUCAUGGAAGCGCUGAAAACCUCCAUCGAUAG